CUGACACUGGAUGGUGAUUUUUUAAUUGCUUUUGGAUCAGAAACGGGACAGUCUGAAGCAAUUGCUCGAAUCAUUGAAGAUCGGGCGCAUGCGUACAGGUGGAAACCACGAGUUCAUGUUCUAAACGAUUUCGGAAAAAAGUUUUUGCUGGAAAAGGAGCCACUCGUAGUGAUCGUAUGUUCGUCCACUGGUGAUGGCGACCCUCCCGAAAAUGCAGUUCGUUUUGUGCGCUACAUAUCACGUCGUACAUUGCCUUCCGACUGCUUACAUAACGUCACUUACGCUCUUCUUGGUCUAGGUGAUUCGAAUUUUUCGACAUAUCAAGGAAAUCCGCGACUGAUUGACAAGCAUCUCUCGCGUCUUGGUGCCAAAAAGCUAAUUGAAACGGGCGCAGCGGACGAUCAAAUUGGGUUAGAAUUGGACGUCGAGCCCUGGCUAGCACGAUUAUUUGUUGCUCUGAAAAAUUGGUUUCGUAUAAGUGACGAAAAUAUGGAGCAGCAGAACUGUGUUUCGGUGAUUGAGAGCGACAUGCGGCGUUUAUCACUGAACGAGAAGGAUGGCAAUGAGUUAUUUUUGCCGAAAUUUUCAGGUGCCGAGAAGCUUCAGCAAGAUUCCAGCUUAAGAGUUCCGGUUCCAAUAGCACCUUUCCUAGCCUCCUGUUUGCUCAUGUUACCUAAUGCUGUUUUCUUUAAGCAUGCUGAAACAUUGUGCUGGCAAAAUGGAUUUGUGAUGGCAGAAGCUGUCUCAAGCCAACAAUAUCAGGCCCAUGUUGUUGGUGUCAGUAGGCUUACCAGUAUGGAAACUCGAAAACCGAAGCAGGAAGUAGUGGUCGAGGUUGACAGUGAUGCCGAAAUUGCCUAUGAACCGGGCGAUGCAUUUUAUUUUGCAGUACCAAACCCUCAGAAAGAAAAUUUCAUAAAUCGUUACAGAAUGGGAUUUUUGGAACAGGCUGAUCAAAAAUGUAUUGUAACAGUGAAAAAUGAUGCUACGAGGCGAAAUCCCGUUGUGCCCUCACAUAUCCCGGAAUCAUCCACUCUCCGAUAUAUUUUCACGCAUUGUCUCGAUAUCAGACGUUCACCUGGCCGGCCUCUGCUCCGGGUGCUUGCCGAAUUCACAAACGAUGAAUCGCAGAAGCGGCGUAUUCUGGAGUUGUGCAGCGCACAGGGUGUUGAGGAAUUUACAAAAUUUGUUCGUCAAGUCAUUUCCGGGAUUUAUCCGCCAUUUUGUAUCCUUUGUUCUCUUCUCCCAUGUAUCAAGCAUAUCUGA